AAUAAAGCAAUUAUUAACACCACCACCAUGGCAUUGUCCCCUUUUACCACCAUAGCCACCAUUGUUGCCUCUCUAAUCCUACUCCUCACCUCAGUCUCUUCUUAUUCUUUUCCACUUGUCAUUAGAGAUGAUGAUGAGCACUCCAUCCCAGAAAACGAUAUUGAUCUUCUUGAAUUUCCUUUAAAUUUAGAGUAUCUUGGGGCCGAGUUCUUCCUGCAUGCCUCAAUGGGCCAUGGAUUGGAUAGAUAUGCUCCAUCUUUAGCCUCAGGAGGUCCAAGACCCCUGGGUGCUAAGAAGGCCAAUCUUGACCCAAGACCCCUGGGUGCUAAGAAGGCCAAUCUUGACCCGUUCAUUAGAGAUGUUAUCGAGCAAUUCGCGUGGCAAGAUGUAGGACAUUUGAGGGCAAUUAAGAAGACGGUAGAGGGAUUUCCCAGGCCGUUGCUAGAUUUGAGGACAGAAUCAUUUGCAAAAGUUAUGGACAAGGCAUUUAGGAUAUAUUGGAACAAACCAAAGACUCCAAGGCUCUGCUUCCAAGCAGCUUGUUGCAGGCCUUCUGGCAGUGAAGUCUGGCCAAGAUGCGGUAAUUCGAGGAUUACUUUAUGAGCGAGCAUUCCAGAAGGUGCAACCAUAUGGGAUUACUGUAGCAGAGUUCACUGAUCGCAUUUCAGAUCUAAGGAACAAGCUAGGACAUAGAGGUCUAAAAGAUGAAGGCCUAAUAGUUCCCGAAUACAAGAGCGCAGAAGGCAAAAUUAGAGGCAAUGUGCUAGUUGGAAACCAGUACUCGGUUGGAUUUGCAAGUUCACCUAGGGAGAUAGUGAGAAUUGUAUACGGGGGAGGUAAUGAACAUUCCGCUGGAGGUUUCUUCCCUCAUGGAGCUAAUAGUCGCAUUGCUAGAUUUUAUAGAACGUAAAUUUUGCGACUAUACCAAAGCAUAUGAUAAUAAUAAUAAUAAUAAUAAUAA